CACACGCCGUAUGUUCGGUUCGCAGCUGAGCGGAGGGCACCACGCGAGACACACUCACAGCAUAAUAACACUCCUUAACGCGACCGUUAGUUUAGUCGCAGUCUUUAGUCUCUAGCUGACGCACACACUGUCUGAACCGGGGCUGGCCGCCGUCGCCGUCGUGCUUUGCGUAUCACUUGCGCGCGUGUCUACCGCAGCAGCUUUUGGUGCGCUCGAUCCACGGUGCUCGUGACGGGGGUUUUGUUGGGCGGGGGUUUAGUUUUCGGUGGGACGAAAGUCGACGAAAGAAAGGGUUAAAAAUUGCAGCGUAAAAAUGUCCUUCCGAGUACGGAAAUGAAAACAAUAUAGUGCGGGAUUUGUACACGAUCGAGUAGGCUUUGCGCGAGGCCCACCGUCUCGAGAACGGCCAAGCCAGCUGAUACUUUGCCAAAGGUGUGUGUGUGAGUGUUGAUUGUUUAACUGUUGUUUGUGCGUUCUGUAAACUGCUUGUGGGUCUGCCGAUACUGACAGUGAAAGUGCAGCGUGUAAAUCGAACCGUGCCGGGUGAAGGGAACAAUUUGUGCGGUCUCACAGAAACAAAAUCCAGCAGCACCGUUAAUUAUUACGCCCGUCUGAAGGUGUCCUAACCGGUAACGAUUAAUGUGUGGCAUAAAACGUACACAAGUGGUGGAAAGGGCAGUGCCAAAGCGAUGCAAAACCAGUGAAGUGUCGGUCGAAGUGAGUCGUUUCCUGCUACGAAGGGAGCUUCGUGCGCAGCACUAAUGUACUGAAGAAUUCCGCAACCAUCUCCAAAACAAACCAUUUCUUCAAUUUUGAUUGCACGCACCAUAAAGCUCGCCCACGGAAGGAACAAGCGAGCGUGUCGGUCGGGUCUGUCCGUGCUGUCUGUCUCAGCGCUAACACCCUUCGCCAGCGCUAAUGUGAUUGUCGUAAACGACUCCAACACGUCCGACUUGGUGUUGUUCUACUCAUUAACGCUUCCGCUCCGGAGUAAUAUCAUCAGUGCGCGCGCGAGAGCUGGCGGGAUUUUUAUGUAUUUUUGCACGCAUCAUCGCAUCACACCGGCCUGUCAUCGGCAGAGACGCACGCCAGCUCGUCGUUUGAGUGUUGAGUGAUACCGGAAAAGCGCCGUGACACCGGGAAGAAGGGAUCGUAUUGCAACGGGACACCGCCUCCGUUCAUCCAUCCAUCCCGGCAGUGUUGUUGUUGUUGUUGGUGUUGUGCAGCAGCUUCCCGCUUGGUAGUGAUGUACCCACUUUCGGCGAUGCUUUGCUGAGACGAAACGAUGGAAUAUGGAGGACGGUGGAGCGGACCCCGAGAACAACAAUAGUAGCCACUGUGGAAUGUUAGGUAUCAGCAUGCCAUGCGAAGGAGCCGGCCAUGACUUUAGCACCGUCCGGAAGGAACUGGAGUACGCGAACGCGAUCGCAGCAGCGCACUACGGCGCCGCCUCGGACAAGGGCGAUCGCAUCCUUAGCUACAAAUUAGAGAAUAGAAGACGAAGUGAGCACUGUAGCCGGUCGAACAGUCCAUUUCUCAACCCAACGCCGGCCGAUCUAGAAGGCCGGUGUAGCAACAGCAGCAAACCGACGGGAAUCCUGCGUACCGUCGCCCAGGACAAGAUGUCACCACUCUCGAUGCCCACCGGCCCGAGCGCCACAUCGACGACGGCCGCCGCAGCCGCCGCAGCCGUGGCCGCCGCCCAAGUACACCUGAACGGAACUAUGCAAGACAUGAUCAAUCUGCAGAAGCUGCAAAGCCUAGCCCAGCUAACGGGCGCCAGCGUUCUCGGGCCGAGUUUGGGGCUGCCGACGUCCCCGCUGCUGGGCAACUCUCCCCUCAACCUAAGCCUCUCGGGUCAGAACCACAGCCCGCAGGUGUUGGGGCUCGGGCCGGCUGCCCCAAUUGCAGCGGCCGCACCCCAGAUGCCUCAGCUGCUGCUCGCGUCCGGUCAGAUUAUGCAGGGCAUUCAAGGUGCCCAGCUACUCAUACCGACGUCUCAAGGCAUUGCAACACAAACCAUCCUGACGAUCCCGGUCGGACAGCAGGUGAUAUCCAACAUGAGCAGUGAGGCGCUACUACAAUCGCUGAACUUUAACAAUUCGCUGAGCGAAACGCUUAGCUCGCAGGCGGCCCAGGCGGCCGCUGCUGCCGCUGCCGCCAGUGGUGGUCUCUUCGCCCCACCGAGGGAUGCCCAAGGAACCGGGUCCGGUGGUGGGUUGCUUUCGACGCAGCUGCUCGGUUCGGCGGCUGGAGCGCACUCGCAGCAACAUUCCCCGAAAGGUUUGCACUACGCCAACCAUCACCACCAUCACCACCAUCACCAUGGAGAUGUGAAGUUUAAGCCAAACGCUUCCUCCACCUCCUCCUCGUCCUGCUCCUCUUCGUCGGUCGUCGUAUCGGGGGCGAGCUGUAUGCCCUCGGUUCAUGAUACCCACCGGCAGCAACACCUUCCGCCCGGCCACUCGCUGUCGUCCGCGUCUGCCUCCUCCAACACGCUCGACCAUCGUUCGGCGGUCGCUGGUCGCAUGACACCGGACAUGCAUCGGGUGAAACUGCAGGCGGGCGACUCGCCCAAGCGAAUCUCGCUCGUCGCAUCCUCUCCACCCGUGUCAACCCAUAGCCGACCGGCCAGCUACGCCUCCUGCUCGUCCUCACCGUACGACAAAUCGAUGACGCUGAAGCGUGCCCUGUCGCCGCCGGCCACGCUGAACUGUACCACGCCGGGCAGCAGCAGUAGCGGCAGCGGCCACUCCAGCAACGGCCAUCUGCAGGUGAACGUCCACAGUGCCAUCAGUGCAGCGAGUCCACGCUCUCCGUCGGACGCCAGUGCAAUCAACAGACUUGGUCUACCGACUGGUGGAGUGGAUCUGCUCCCAUCCAAGUCAAAGCUAUCGCCCGGUGGUUCGUCCAGCUCUGGCCUACCGCUCACCAAGGAUCAACCUUCAAGUCAUCCCCAUGCGUCAGUGUCGCCAUUGCACCACCAUUCCUCCUCGGGACCGUCGGCACCGGGAUCGACUGGUCGGCCAGGGUCCUGCGAUCUGGAGCUGAUAGAGCAGCAUCAGCACCAACAGCAGCAGCAUCACCGGGCUCCGUCGGCGGACGACCUGGAGCUAGAGAAACCGUCCACCGUCGGCAGUAGCAGUGGUACGGUGCAUCAGCUACAGAAGCGAUCCCAUCACAGUGCAGCCAGCACGCCGCCACCGAAACUGAGUCCGGCCGGAUCGACCGGCCGGCUAUCGCACAGCGACGACGACGAUGACGACGCAUCGAACCACGAGUUUCUGGAAGAGCAUCCAAAUGAGUUAACAAUCAAUCAAACUAAUUGCAACGUGGUGGACGGUAUCGAUCUGGAUGACAUCAAGGAGUUCGCCAAGGCGUUCAAACUGCGGCGACUGUCGCUCGGGCUCACGCAAACCCAGGUCGGCCAGGCGCUGUCCGUCACCGAGGGACCUGCCUACAGCCAGAGUGCCAUCUGCAGUGCUCUCGCCGCCCAGAUGUAUUGUGCAGCGCAACUUUCAUCGCAGCAGCAGCAAAUGUUUGAAAAGUUAGACAUUACUCCCAAAAGCGCACAAAAAAUCAAACCCGUGCUCGAGCGCUGGAUGAAGGAGGCGGAAGAAAGUCAUUCAUCUAGGUACAAAUCGGGCCAAAACCACGUGCCAGACUUUAUCGGUGUGGAACCGUCCAAGAAGCGGAAACGAAGGACGUCCUUUACGCCGCAAGCGCUCGAGCUGCUGAACGGGCACUUCGAGCGCAACACGCAUCCUUCCGGAACGGAAAUUACCGGCCUAGCCCAUCAGCUCGGGUACGAGCGGGAAGUUAUACGCAUCUGGUUCUGCAACAAACGCCAAGCGCUCAAGAACACCGUGCGGAUGAUGUCGAAGAGCUUCAAGAUGGAGAAUACUUAAACGAAAAACUACACACACACACACAUCAUCCAAACCGUGCCCGCGGGACAGACAACUUUAAUCGCGAACCGUAGCCAUAUAAAAUAAGGUGCCAUUCCGAUAUUUGAAUAUUGUAUAGUUAUGUAGGAUAUACGGUAGCAUGAUAUUCUAGGAGAUACGUACGUAAUGUGAGUGAUCGUGGCGAUGUAGGAUUGUUUUGCUUUAGUUUUGUUCUGUUUUCCCGGACGACCCUCACUGUGACACAAACAAAGCUUUGCUUCAGAUUGGAAAUGACUUCGGUUUUUUGCCUUCCCACCGUUUCUGGUUCCACAAACACAUUCCAAGCUGUCAGAUAGGAAAAGGGUAGAGAGCUAACAACAGCGGAGUAGUAGUGUUGAGUUUAUCUCAAAAUAUGCUUAGUUAGAUUUCCAGCGUUGUUUUGCGAUAAAUUUGGCGAACAAAUGCACCAUGGCACAACACACUCCCCUUGGUAAUUGUUUUGUAACAUUCGUCGAUCGAUUCUGUUUGCUUCGCAUCUUGUGUGAACUCGUGAAACCAAAGUUCCUAAUCUUUAUAGUAAGACAACCAGCACACAGAAACCACGUAAAAGAGCAAACACAUCCAUUCAGCACAACACAUUGUCAGCAAAACCCCAGAUGGAAAGCAACCUUUCCUACACAGUACCCAACUCAUAGCUGCUGGAAACUAUCUGUACAUGAUAACUAUCGAAAAAUGAAGACAAACGCUCCUUAUCUCCCUCUGAGAUACCGUCGGCGGUGUAAAGCAUAACUCUGAUUGGAACACUGUAGUUGUAAACCAACCCAAUAGCCGUGAGUGUGUAAUAAUUGUAUAAAAAAAAACCUACAGAAGAAAAUCGUCGUAUCACAAAUGAAAUUCGUGCAGUUAUCGAUCCACCUUCGAGGCGUUUUGUAUAUUGAUUUGUAUUAACAAACAGCACAGAUGUUGUACAACAAAUAUCUAGUACCGAUUAGCAAGAGCAAACCGUAUCUAUUUGUUGUGAGCCAUUGAAAUUAUUAUUCGUACCGAUGAGCAUUCAUCCCACUACAACAAACGUAUCUCAGCGAUCGGUGUAAAAUGUAUGAAUUUUAUGUUUGCAAGCAACGUUUAUCCCACGAAACCAUGAAGAAUCUAUAUCUGUUGGGUAGGAAAAUGUGUCAAAUAAACAUAAAGGAACAAAGUCUACAGAGAGGCAGCCGAAUCACAAACAGCAACACACCAUAGAACAGGAAACAACAAAUGCUAUGCACCUUAUACUAUAAACACGAGAGGAUCACACGUGGAAAAGUCCAAUUAACUGUUUGAUAUCAUCCCAUGAAGCGCAAAACAAGCACCGUCAAGUAUGUGGAAAAGAUUGAAUAAAACUCAUUAAUAAUCGGAACUCGACUCGGAGGGGUAAGGAACGCUGAUGAUCAGUGUCACGUUGUCACAGGGACGAAGCUGUACGAGUUAUGCAAGAGGUGCAAUUUGAGCAGUGUAAUGGGCCGGGUCGUCAUAUCAAGCCGAGAGCGUUAAAAUGUAAGAUUUAAGGCACCCCCUGUACGAGAGUAAUAAUUAAAGAACCUAUGAAAAAUACAUUUUGCAAUGCAAUAUUUUGUAAAA